GACUCAGAGCCCGCUGUCGUACCUGGUGACUCGGUGCCCACUGCCUUGCCAGAUGACGCGGUGCCCGCUGGCAAGCCAAAUGACCUGAUGCCUGACAAUCCGGUACCUGAUGACCCGGUGCCCCACUGUCGUGCCUGUUGACUCGGAGCCCACUGCCUUGCCAGAUGACGCGACGAUCCAAUGUCUGACCCAGUGCCAGCGGUCAUGCCAGUUGACUCGGAGCCCACUGUCGUGCCUGGUGACUCGGUGCCCGCUGCUCCGCCUGGGGGCCCGAGACCUGUCGCUCCGCCUGGGGGUCCCAGCGCCCGCCGCUCCU